UCUUCCUCCUCCUAUAUUUACUAGUAGUAGUAAUAACCGAAGAUCAAAAGAAAAACACCCCGGGCUUUACUGCUACCAGUUCUCUCUUCCCCAUCCUCCUCCUUCCCCUCCUCCUCCUCCGCUCCACACCAUGUUCUGGUUUCUCUCUCACCGCCGCCGACAACAACAUCAGCAACAGGCCUUGCUCCCGUUGUUCUCCCUUCUCUCCUCGGCUUCCUCUUCCUCUUCUUCUUCAACUUCGAGCUCAAGCCUCCAAAUACGUAGAGUACUAAAAGCCCCUGGCCGGCCUAUUGCGAUUCGUGCAGAUCAAAUCACCGAUACUAAGACCACUCUCGUCGUGCGCCCCCAAGGCGAUGCCCAAUCUGCCGUGGCGUACAAGAUCGAAGACCUUGAUGGAAUCACCCUCUUCACCGCCACCGGCCGCAAGUUCUCGCACCGUCCUUGCCGCGAAUUCCGCGAUGCCUCGGGGCUUCCGCUGUUUGAGCUGCACCGACGCCUCUCUUUCCGCAACAAUUGGUCCGUCACGCUCCCGGGCUCGUCCCUCAAGGAUAAAACCUACUCUCCACUGGCUACGGGUUCGCGGCGUCGGGCAAGUCGCCGAUCGGCCGCUUCCUUUGGCUCGACCACGCGCGGGGGAAACUUCACCAUCACCUUUGAUAACGUCGCCGCCGUUGACGGCAAGCAGCCUGAGGAACGGGUACUGACCCUAGAGGUACAGCGGCAUGGGAAUGUCCUCGCGCUGUUCGACAUCGUUGAUGGGGAUCGUAAGAUCGCGGAAGUGAGGGAAAGUAUCCGCCAUAACGAAAAGCUGGCCUUGAUGCCAGCCUCGCGCGUGGGCUACAGGCCUGUGUUGGAUGUCAUUGUGACUCCCGGGGUGGAUUUGGCUUUGGUUGCGACCAUCGCGGUCAUCGCGUCAGACACAGUUUUUGCAUCGAAUUAUUGAUUUUUGUUCAGCCAAGGCGCAUGGAAGGAGCACAUGAUUCUGGAUGCCAACGACAAUUAUGAUUCUCACGACCGACUUAUCGUAUUUGCAAUUUUGGAUUCUUUUAUGGACGGGCGUUGUGAUCGACUCAUUGAGCAAUUACAUGCUUUCUUUCUGUCUGGCGCUGGCGCUGUCUUCGGAGUGUCAGGUUUUUCCUGCUGGUCUAAUUGCUGGAGGCAAUUUGUCUCCUAAUGUGCUAUUAUGAGUUGAGAAUGACAAGACCUGUACCGUGUCCGUCCCGAGGCAAGUCGCGCCGUUUCAUGAGAUUACCACAGAUGCAAGAUCUUCAGUAUAUCGUGUUGGUGAAAGAAAGAGCGGUUCCACUUGCCAAACACAUCUACCUUCCAGUCAACAAUGGCUCGAUCUCAACAUCAUUGGUAGCAGACAGCAGACAAGGCAACCUACACAUAGGAACACUGAGAGCACAAAUAGCCAUUUGAAUGCUGCCAAUCG